AUGAGUGACAACGCACAAGAGGACCAGGAAGUGAAUUCCAAAAAGAAUUACUCCAUCUCGUCGACCAAGAUGAGAAGUUCUGAUGGGGGCAAAAGAGGUCAGCAUGCUCUGGUCAGAGCUGAAGAUGAAGAGAAGGAGUCGCCUUUCCUGAGAGCAACACAAACGCCAGUGUCAAACUUAUUGAAGAAAGUGGAGAAGGUGAACUCAGGAAGUGUAAUGACUAUUCCUAAGCACAGUAGGAAGGUGACUCGCCAUGAAUAUGAGGUUGAAACUGCAAAUGGUAGAACAAUUACAAAACGAAGAAAAACAAAAAGUACGGUCAUGUUUGGGGAUCCAAGAAAGCAUAAAAAGGGGGAAACGCCAAAAGCCAAGACCCCCAGAAAUGAUAUCAAGGGAAUUAAAGGAGGGCGUCAUCCAAACCCUUCGAACAUAGGUGAUUUAUUCUCAGAAGGAUCUCUGAAUCCAUAUGCAGAUGAUCCCUAUGCAUUUGAUUAG